UCAAAUGAAUUAUAAUCGGCAGUAGGUUGUUAUUUUAAAUGUGAAGUAUGUACAAGCUGUGCCGAACGACCUGGCGCAGGACUCAAGCUAAUCCAGCCAACCUACUGUGUGAUGCGCGGAAACAAAUCGAUCGUCUACGACCAGCAACAGUACGAUUAGCUAGCGAUAAUGGCCACACGUUUGACAUCAUGCUUGCAAACCGACGGGCUGAAGCCCGUCGAAGUAUACUGGUUCAGGUCAGUUCGGAGAGGUCGUUCCCAGAGCUAACAGCGUACUGUUCGCAGUUUGGCACGAUAGUCAGCUCCCACCACUAUCGCGUUGGUGGGACCUCUUCAGGUUUCAAAGAGGACGAAUCUGACUGUCAUUACAUUUUGGUAGAAUUUAAUGCACCCGAAGCUGCCGAUGCUGCUAUGCAGUCGGCAGUGUUCAAUGAAGAGAGGCCAGGUGUUCGUGCGAGGUCAAUUUUUCUGUGGUUUAGAGCUGGUCCUAAGCCUAAAUUAGAGGGAAAGAAAGGUCACUCUAAGCGGGAGGUCAGCAGUGGGAGUCUAUCCACUGUAGAUGGAUCGCGUUCCAUAAAAGACAUGGAAUUGAAAGACCUGCUACUGUCAGCCGAGAGUGUUGAAGAUCAGAUGAAGAUUCAUUACCGAACCUGUUGCUUGAAUGAUCUCGGAAAGCGUCUACGAUUUUUAGCUGUUCGCCAGAUGGAAUCAUCCCUGCAAGGUAUAUUUCCCCAGGCAGUUGCUUAUCCUUUCGGUUCCUCCGUCAAUGGUUAUGGGAAAAUCGGCUGCGAUUUGGACAUAAGUUUAGAUCUCGAAUCCGAAGCAGGUAUGAAACAGAAUCGUGACUCUCGUCUGGUUUACCACACAAAAGCAUCGAAUGUAAACGAGCGAUCGCAAGUUCAACGUCAGCUGGAAGCAUUAGGUGAUGUGCUUCACCUAUUUCUACCCGGCGUCAAUAGUGUUCGCCGGAUACUAAAGGCGAGGGUUCCUAUAAUCAAAUACCACCAUGAACACCUGGAUCUGGAGAUCGAUUUAACUAUGAACAAUCUGACAGGAGUUCAUAUGUCGGAACUACUUUAUCUUUUCGCACAGAUAGACGAUCGCGUUCAGCCACUGACAUGCUGCGUGCGUAAGUGGGCAAAAUCAGUUGGUUUAACAAACCAAGCACCCGGCUAUUGGAUUACCAAUUUCUCCCUGACCAUGCUGGUAAUGUACUUUUUGCAACAAUUGAACGAGCCCAUUCUUCCGGCUAUUAAUAAACUAGUAAAAAGUGCAACCAAAGACGAUCUGCGACUAAAUGCUAACCAUGUGAGCUGUCCAUUUCUUCGCGAUGUAAGCAGGUUAGAUUUUAAAACCAAAAAUGAGGCUAAGCUAGAUGAGUUGCUGGUGCAGUUUUUCGAAUUUUAUGCCGGUUUUGAUUUCACCCAGCGGGCCAUCAGUUUAAACCUUGGUUCCUCCAUACUGAAGCCGGACCAUAGUCCGAUGUACAUUGUGAACCCACUGGAGACGACCCUCAACGUGAGCAAGAACGUCAAUCUCGAAGAGACGGAACUGUUUCGAAUUCAAGUUCGAAAUGCUCUGUGGCUGCUGGACACGCAUGACCGGUCCACACGGACCAGCGCUGACGACUGGGGAUUGGUCAGUCUUUUCGGUAAUAAAUCGAUCAAGGAUCGCAUCACUCCGCAGAUGUUUUUCACCAAGCGGAUGCUGGAUGUGAAGGACAUUUUCGCCGAUACAGUGGGAGCUGGAACUGCCUACAAAAACCGCACCCUGAAGCAACAGGUGGCAAACAUUCAGAAGACGACCCGGGAGGAAAUCAGUAAGCUCGCCAAACAGUCCGAUAGUGGGUUAACGGCUACCGGUGGUUCCGUGGCCGCUAAUACCAGCAACGGCAUCAAGCUGAAACGGAAAGUGAAACGAAGGUGAUAAAGGGUGAGUUGUAGGACAAAUAUUGAUCGUAAUAUAACU